AGGUGGAGCAGCCCCGAGUUGCAGAUCAUGGAGGGAGCCGAGACUGGGAACUGGGCCGGAGCGGAGGCCCCGCAGCCUCAGAAGCGAUAUUACCGGCAACGCGCACACUCUAACCCCAUGGCGGACCAUACACUGCGCUACCCAGUGAAGCCACAGGAGAUGGACUGGUCUGAGCUAUACCCAGAGUUCUUUGCUCCACUAACUCCAAACCAGAGCCAUGAUGACCCAAAGGAGAAGAAAGAGAAAAGGCCUCAGGCCCAAGUGGAGUUUGCAGACAUAGGCUGUGGCUAUGGUGGCCUGUUAGUGGAGCUGUCGCCACUAUUCCCAAACACACUGAUUCUGGGCCUGGAAAUUCGGGUGAAGGUUUCAGACUAUGUGCAAGACCGAAUUCGGGCCCUACGUGCAGCUCCUGGAGGUGGCUUCCAGAACAUUGCUUGUCUGCGUAGUAAUGCCAUGAAGCAUCUUCCUAACUUCUUCCAAAAGGGCCAGUUGUCAAAGAUGUUCUUCCUCUUCCCGGACCCACAUUUCAAGCGGACUAAGCACAAGUGGCGAAUCAUCAGUCCCACGCUACUGGCAGAAUAUGCCUACGUGCUGAGAAUCGGGGGGCUGGUGUAUACCAUAACUGACGUGCUGGAACUACACGACUGGAUGUGCACCCACUUUGAAGGACACCCUCUGUUUGAGCAUGUGCCUCUGGAGGAGCUGAAUGAAGACCCUAUUGUGGGACAUCUGGGCACUUCAACCGAAGAGGGAAAGAAAGUUCUACGCAAUGGAGGGAAGAAUUUCCCAGCCAUCUUCCGAAGAAUACAGGAUCCCACUCUCCCAGCAGUGACACCCCCCACCAGCCCCAUACAGCCCGCUCACUGACUGCCCAUCCUGCCUAGCUUGACCCCUCUUCAAGGGGCCAAAAAGAAGAUCGGAUCCCCCUGGGCCUUCCCAACACAGGCUGCCAGGGUUAAGAGGCAGGGAACCUCAAAGAAAUUGGCCAAGGCAGAACCCUAGUUUUCACCAUUACCCCUGACUCCUUCCCAUCGUGCCCCUUUAUUGAGGGCAGAAAGCAGAAGAAGCUGACUGAGAAUGUCAAAGGAACUUGGACUGGAGGGGAUCUUGGCAGUGUGGGUUCUUGACUACCCCCCACCCCCUAGCCUACUCACCUCCUGAGAUCUCUCAGCUGGGGUGAGGAGCUAUAUUAUGCCUCUAAACUGCCUGCUGGGCCAAAAUCA